AUGGUAAACCUCGUGAUGGAAAGGAAAGUGGAUGUACUGUGCGUGCAAGAGACGAGAUGGGCAGGAAACAAGGCAAAAGAACUUGAUGCGGGAUUUAAAUCAAUAUAUGGAGGAGCUGACAACGAUAAGAGAAAUGGUAUAGGAAUUAUAUUAUCCCGAGAUUUGAAGGACUUGGUUACAGAUGUGAACAAGAGAAAUGAUUGGAUUAUGUGGGUGCGCCUGGCGCUAGAGAAUUUUCAAGACUUGAAUGGACAUAUUGGAAGUGGAUAUGAUGCAAUUAGCCGGAUACAUGGGGGAAAUGUGUAUGGAGAUGGAAAUGAGGAUGGAGAGAAGAUAAUUGACUUUGCUUUAUUCUUAGACACAGUGAUUGGAAAUACUCUAUUUACCAUCAACCUCGCCAUUGCUGUGACACGAAGGCAGAAAAGGAAAGUCACCACGGAGAAGAGAAUAAAGUGGUUCAAACUGAAAGAUCAUGACGUAAAACAGCAGUUUAAUGACCGACUUCUAAGAGAUAUUGACCUGGAAAUCGAGGAUGUCAACGAAUGGUGGAACAGAGUGAGUGUAAACAUUAUCGGAGCUGGGAAAGAAGUGCUUGGUGAGACUAGUGGCAAAAUUUGGGAAAAUAGAGAAGCGUGGUGGUUCUAUGAAGAAGUACAAGAGAAAGUGAAAGCGAAGAAGGUUGCCAAGAAAAGAUGGGAAGAAACCAAACCAGAUCGAGAUAGAGAAAACUACAAAGAGUGUUGUAAGGAGGUAAAAAGAGCUGUUGCAAUCGCGAAAGCAGAAGCGCACGAUAAUCUAUAUGACAACGGACAGGGCCAUAUGGCAUACCAGUUGAAGUUUGGAAGGCACUAG